GUAAUUGGUGUCAUUGGUGACAUCACAGAUGCUAAAGUGAGGGAGAAACUAGUGUCCGAAACACUAGACGCCUUCAGCCAGAUCGAUAUACUGGUAAACAACGCAGGCGCCAAAGGCGUUCAUGCCCCGCUGCUCCAGGUGACUCAAAAGAACCUCUACUCGGACUUGGACCUUCUUCUCAACGCACCACUUCACCUUUCACAGCUGUGUCACCCCCACUUGGCAAAAACAAAAGGCAACAUCGUGAACGUCUCCUCCAUUGGAAGUAAAUCCAUUAUUCCUGGAGGAUUUAGCUACUGCUAUGCCAAGGCAAGCCUGGACAUCUUCUCGAAAUAUGCCGCAGCAGAGUUUGGUGGGGACGGAAUAAGAGUCAAUGUUGUCAGCCCUGGUCUCAUCAAGACGCCGCUUGUGGCGCGGGAAGGAGCAAUGCCAGAGGGUGCCAGCGAGUUCCUCUCUCCCGACGCUGUUAACACUCCCCUUGGCAUUAUUUGCGGAGAGCCUGAAGACGUCGCCGAGAUAAUCGCGUUCUACGCGUCAGAUGCUGCAAGACUCAUCACCGGGGAUAACAACGUCAGCGAUGCUGGAAUCAGUCUGCCCUUUCUCUUCAAAAUGCCUUCCAAAGGGAAGGAAUCAUGAUUCAGCCUUCUCGCUUAUAUUCCGUCACUUUUCUUGAGUACAUUGAUUAUUUUUUAUGUUUUGAAAAGAAAUAAAUGUCUGUUUAAUUUUUAUUGUACACAUUAGAGUGCCAUAUUCAGAUUUGGGGACCCAUUUCCACACUGACUUGAAAUAUUUACCGUUUUUUAAUAUUUAUAUAAGUAUUUUUUGAAAACCCAAGAGAGGCAUAGUAUAUUUAAUUUUGUUCUGAUUACUUUUGUUUUCAUGCCAAAGAGUUUUUCUUUCUUUUUAAUGUGAUGCAUAUAAUGUGUAGCUUUCAAACAUACGUCAAUUAUUUUUGAUAUUCUGAAGUUGAUAUCUUUUUGCCUUUCUUAGCAAAAGUGUGACCUUGGCUUCUUCUUGGCCGUAUUUAGUUCACACUUUGACCAUUUUUCAAUUGUCAGAGGUCUAUGAAAAAACUAACUAAGCCCAGUAUAUGAAUAAGCACCCGUGACUCUAGACUGAAGAAGUUUGGUUUCCGCCUUUUCGAAGAGAAGAUGGCGGAUUCCAAACUGGCACAGAUUGUGCGCCCAUAUACCAUGUGACUGUUGUAAAAAAUACAUGGUACUUAAUAUACUAGAUCUAUAUUCACAUUUUUGUCCUCUUUUGUGGUAUUUCCUCUCCUCACUCAAUGUGGUACCUUAGCUUAAAAACCCCCCAACUAAAUUAGAGGAAGUACACCAACACAAUAACAAUCAUUUAUUUCUUGGAAAAGGUUGGACAGACUGGAAA